GCAUGAGAGUCAUCUUUACAUACCAGUCUGUUCACUACACAAGAAACUGGUCUAGCCAUGCUGCGGAUAGGAAAUGAUUACAACCUUUCACAUGGUUGUGAAGACACCUAGAAGCAGAAGAUUUUUUGGGGGUGUUAUUUUUAAUGAGUCUUUUUAAAUGACUUUUUUUAAAUGAAGAUUAUUAUAGAAGAUUUUGCCGGAGAGAAACAAGUGUGCAGUCACCAGCUAUUUCUUCAUUUUAGUGAAUCACUGAGAAGGAAUUUUUGCGGAAUAAACAACUUUCCCAAGGCUCUGUUUGUUUUGCUCUGUUCCCAUCUUUCUGCAUUGUAUUUCACGUGAAGUCUGGUGAGAAAUCAUAAAUUGUGUACAUAGCAUUUUAAAAAAAAAAAACUUUUGUGUUUUCUUAGACAUCUUUAUCACUGUUUUGGUCAGUCUUGCAAAAAAGAAAAAAAAAAUUUGCCCUUUUUAUUACACCAUCUAUCUGAAAUCUACAGAUUAUUUAUAAGUCUGACUCUUAAUGUGUCAGAGAAAGAUCCCAGGAGUAACAAGAUGUGGAUUUGGGGAGAUUUUUUACACACCCUGAGCUCUUGGAUGUCUGAUGAUCCAUUGAAGCUGAAAGAAUGCUGCAUUUUGGGAGGCUAAUGCUCUCUAGACACCUGGAUGAAACCUGCACAAGACAGCAAUAAACAAGGGACAAAAUAACAACAUUGCUCUCGAGUGUAAGAGCUGGAAUAUUGAUUAAUGCCAUUUUUACCCAGAGGUCAACCAAAAACCCAGACACUCUGACAAGUCUGGAUAAGCCGGGCAAACGAGUGCCAAUGCUCUUAGUCAUUUUAAGAUGAAGUUAUGGAAGUGUGUUGCCAUCGUCUUGAUGCUCUGUGGUGCUGCACUCUCCGUCUUCCUCUAUAAAAUCCUGCCUUCCUCCAAAGCACAUGUUCUUCCCCACUUUGAGCAUUCAUCUUCUGUAGUAUCACCAGCAGCACCAUCUGCAUCAUCUGCAUCUUCAAUGUCUUCAAACAACUCCUCAUCUGGGACCAGGGCGACAUUUCGGAGGGUCCGGUCAGCAAAUGAAGACAGCUCGGUCAUCUCUGAAUUCAUGCACAUAUUCCAGAGUUUUACAGAGGGCGAGUUGAAGCAGGUCAUCCGUAGUCUGAUGCAGAGAAAAGCUCAAAGGGAUGCUAAACUUGGCAAAAGAACUAAGCGGGCUAAGAAGGGCACCAAGCCAUGUUCACUAAGAGACAAGGAGAUGACAGUAAGCCAACUCGGCUUGGGCUACACCAGCGACGAAGUCAUUCUUUUCCGCUACUGCAGUGGUAAAUGUGUGUCCAGUCGGCGUAACUACGACCUGGCACUGGCAAAGCUGAAGGGUCGAGAGAACAUGGACAGAGCUCGGCACAGCCCAUGCUGCCGGCCCACAGCAUACGAAGAGAUCACCUUUCUGGACAACCACAGCCAGUACCACACCAUCCAAGACGUUUCUGCGCUAAAGUGUGCUUGUGUAUGACAUCAAAUACUAGGUUGCAAGAAGAAGUUUGUAAGAAGUACAAGAAGAAGAAGGAAAGAGACCAGGCUAAAUGGCUAUCAUGUAGAGAAUAGCCUUACAGUUUUGGUCUUAAAAACAUUUUUACCAGCUGUUAUAUGAUGGGUUUUUUUGCCUUUCUGGGACAAGAUUUUGAAGUUGAAUGAAACAGACAGCCAGUAAACUGUAAGACUAACAAAAAAAAUCAGCAUUUUAAAUAAUCAAUUCAUUUUCUUUUCCACUAAACCGCCACGUCAAUGCAAUCCUCACGGAAUCUGCUCAGUCUGAAAAGUCCUACUCUGCCCUAUAAGCUGAAGACAUACUUGCAUUUACUUGCAUACGUUUAAUACCAUGUUCCCCAAACUACACACUCUUCACAAGACUAAGAUGCAAAAAACAGCAAAAACAAAUUGUGUGUAAAGAAAAAAUAACAAUAAAUAUGUAAUAAACUUAGAGUAGCGAUAGAUACUGUAGUCAGAUUUACUGUAAAAAUAGCAGCUCGACCUUUAAGUAGCAACAUACAGUAUACCAUUUUAACAUUAACUUACACUACCUUAAAAUACUGCUGGAACUUCUGCACAGUAGAUAUUGAAAAAGAGAUAUUACAAGCAGCACUGCUCUUUUAAGGUUUGUGAGAGCUUCAUAAAAUCCUGUGUAUCUGUCUCUUCUAAUCAGUCUUCUGAGGAAUUGCACAGAUUUGCGCAGGUCAUAACACAACACAACACAAACGUGAUAUCAUUUUCUCUGGAAAUUAAAAGUGCUUCCUGAAGCUGCUUUUGCACAUACAUGGGAUAACAAGCUGUAAGAUUUCUUUCUUAUCCAAGGCAUGAUUUGAGAAAUAAAAAAAUCAUUCUGCUGCAUUGAUAAAAUACGGGAUAAAAUACAGGCACUUUUAUGGAAACAGGAAAAAUUCCAAAUCGCAUGUACAAUUAAAUCGGACAGUUGUGCUUGACUGCAAAAUCAGUCGAGGAGCAGGUGUCCUGUUAAGACUGGGACAGGAGGAUUGAGUCUGAGAUAGCCUCUCCAAAUCCAUUCCAUUUCUGUAAAUCCUAUAACAGACUAUUCUAAUCCACUUAGUGCCUUUCCAACAGACUCCCACAAACCCUGAAUGCUAAAGUAGACAGAACAAUAGGUCAUUUCAUUACUAAAUAAAUAUCCUACAUACUUAAAGGACUUCGCUAGCAAAUUCACUAGCACUUCAUAUACAUUUGGUGUUAAAGGCACAGUUUCUCCUCUAGUAAAAUUGUUUAAAAAAACAGUGCUUUAGAACGACAAGAUACCUCUGUGCAAUCUGCAAUCUCGUGAGCUCCUAUCUCCGGGUUUGAAAUACAAGAUAAUUUCAUCUAAUUAAUGUCACCAUUUCUGGCAGAUCAAUAUUCCACUACAAUGUUGAAAAUUGAAAACAAAAUUGAAAUGUAUGUAUUUAACAGAUUUGACGACCUGAAAUGAUUUUUCAUUUUUCGAAACCUCAUGAACAUCUUCCAACCAUUUAAUUAGACUCUAAGCUGGCAAUGCAAAAAUAAAAAAACUCCAGGAUAUAACACUGAUAUUUUUAGAUUAUUCUCAAACCUGUACAUUUCAGGAUACUGGUGGAUUUUGUGCAUGCAGUUAAUCUACAUUGCAGCAUGAUACAAUAUAACCGAGGCACAACAAAUGUUAUAAUAGUGUUUUUUUAUAUAUAAAAUUAUUAUUUAAGUUCACUGGAUGUACUGAUUGAAACACUCCCCAUUCUGACACAUUAGUGUUUACUUUCUUCAAACUGAAACGUUUUAAUAAAACCGUUAAUGAGAAAGAAAACAGUUACAGACACUUUGUCCAGGCUUUGUUGGACCCUGCCGACCAACUACAAUAAACAUUGAUGCAAUGCAUCUGUAUAAAGGUUUAUCUAUAUUUAUUACAGAGUAAGUUAUGGUUUAUUUAUUUACAUAGCAUUCACAAAUAAAACAGGAGCAUUUAUUUAUUAUUCAAUGUAUUGGUGCC